AUGUCUCACCUUCAAGCUGCAAAUUUAUAUAACAUCAAGGGCCUCGUCGCCGUCAUAACAGGCGGCGGCAGCGGCCUCGGCCGCACAAUGGCCCUAACCCUCGCGACAAACGGCGCGUCAAAAGUCUUCAUCCUCGGCCGCCGCGCCGACGCCCUGCACGAAACAAUCUCGCAAUUCCACAACCUCAACCCCUCCACAAAAGACACCGGCGCCGAAGCAAACACCAUCGUUCCCGUCGUUACUGACGUGACCUCGCAAUCCUCCCUUGAAGCCGCCUACGCCGCCAUUUCGUCCCAGACAGACCACGUUGACCUCCUCCUUGUGAACUCGGGGAUCCUCGGCCCUGCCGCGAAGAUCAUUGAUAAGCCUGAUGGCUCGAAGCCGUCGAUUAAUGAGCUGAAGGAUUAUCUGUGGUCGAUACCCAUGGAGGACUUCACGCGCGUCUUUGAGGUUAAUACAAGCGGAGCAUACUAUACGGCCAUUGCAUUCCUACCUCUGUUGGACGCGGCGAAUAAGCGUCGUGCGCCGCCGCAGAAGAAUGUUCUCUCGCCGCCACUGGCGCAGAUAGUUAUUACGUCGAGUAUUGCGGGAUAUUCGCGCAGAGUGCCGUUUGACUUUGCGUAUAACCUCAGCAAAGCGAGUGUCAAUCACCUGGUAAAGGUUUUAUCGACGAACCUAACGGACUAUAACAUUCGAGUUAACGGCAUUGCGCCUGGUCUGUACUACUCGGAGAUGUCGGCUGGGUCGAAUUUCGUCGAGGGAGAUAAGGGUGUUUCAGAUGGGUCGUUCCCGACGAGCUUGAUCCCGAUGACCAGGGCCGGGGGAGAGGAGGAUAUUGCGGGGCUGGUGCUUUGGUUGGCGGGGCCCAGUGGAGGAUACAUCAACGGGAAUAUCCUGGUUACUGACGGUGGGCGCUUGAGUGUCCUCCAGUCAUCUUAUUAG